CUACCUUUUGGCACCCAACGUGGGCCUCUGGAAAGCGUAGUAUAUUUUGUUACCCCACUUUGGGGGCUCAAGAAAGCACACUGUGUUUGGUGCCCAAGUGAGGCCUUAGACUCAGCAGCUCAACUAACAGGAUUGUCGAGUUCAGUCAAGAAGUCUCUGUGACUUGUAAAGACUCUGCUCAUCCCCAGGCAGCAGAUGGAGCCCAAGGAGGGUGUGACUUCUGGCUUUCCCAUGGCCCCCAUUCAGGAACCAGUGACCUUCUGGGACGUGGCUGUGGACUUCACCUGGGAGGAGUGGAGGAUCCUGGAGCCUGCCCAGAGGGCCCUGCACAGGAACGUGAUGCUGGAGAACUACCAGAACCUGCUCUCUGUGGGGAUUCCUGUUUCCAGACUGGAUCUGAUCUCUGUGUUGAAGAAGCAAGAAGGAGCCUCGAGUCCAAAAAGCAGUGAUUCCAGUGGAUCUCAUGAAGAUUUCUUUACUGAAGACACUGGAUUUGAAGUCAAGAAUAUAAACACGAUGCAGAGCGUUUGCCUGAGAACAUCCUCUGAGAAGAGGCUCCCAAAGGGCAUGGCCUGGCAUUGCAAUAUGAAUGAAGCCCGGGAAUAUGAUAUGAAUUUAGAAAAACAGAAGAGACCCUCCAGAGAAGUGACCAUUCCCAGAAAGACUUUGAAUAAUGGGACUGUGCCUCAGGGUAUGGCAUCUGGAAAGAGCUUCAGCCUUGGGCCAAUCUGUGUUGCACUGGGGAAGGAAGCCAUGGAGAAAAGUCUAGAUAAAUAUCAAACAGUUGGAAAGAGCUUGAGGGGUUUUUCGAGCCUAAUUACAUAUAACACAUUUUUUUUAGAGAAGGACUUUUCUAAGUACAGCAAAGGCAAGAAACCUUGCACGGAUCACUCAGGAUUAUUUGGGUCUCAUAGAAUAGAUUCUAGAGAAAAUCUCCAUGAACAGAAUGAAUAUGGGAAAGUAUUUAGAAGAUCAAAUCUUACUGAAAAUCAGAGAAGUCCAGCAGGAGACAAUCAUGAGUAUGGAAAAGGCAAUUUCCACAAAGGAAGCUUGACUGAACUUAAGAAAAAUCAUGCUGAAUUGAAAUCCUUUAAAUGUGAUGAAUGUGGUAAAGCCUGUAGUAGGAGGGAACACCUCAUUGCACAUCAGAGAACUCAUACUGGUGAGAAACCUUUUAUUUGUAAUGAAUGUGGAAAAAGCUUCUUCUAUAAGGGAAACCUGAAGGCUCAUCAUAAAAUUCAUAUGGGGGGGAACCAUCAGAGAACUCCUACUGCAUGUAAUAUAUGUGGGAAAGCCUUCACCACUCUGAGAUACCUCCUUUGUCAUCAAAGAAUUCAUACUGGAGAGAAACCCUUUGAAUGUAAGGAAUGUGGAAAAGCCUUCAGCCAUCGAGGAUCCCUUACAGUACAUCAGAGAACCCACACUGGAGAGAAACCCUUUGUGUGUAAGGAAUGUGGGAAAGGUUUUAGUCAGAGGCACAGUCUCACUAUUCAUCAGAGAGUUCAUUCUGGGGACAAACCCUUUGUAUGUAAUGAAUGUGGAAAAGGCUUCAACCAGAAACGAUAUCUCAUUUGUCAUGAAAGAAUUCAUACUGGAGAGAGACCCUUUGAAUGUAACGAAUGUGGAAAAGUCUUCAGCCAUCGAGGAUGCCUUACUGUACAUGAGAGGACUCACACUGGAGAGAAACCCUUUGUGUGUAAUGAGUGUGGAAAAGGCUUUAGUAGGAGGUGUAUCCUUAUUACUCAUCAGAAAAUUCAUAGUGGAGAAAAACCCUUUGAAUGUAAGGAAUGUGGAAAAGCCUUCAGCCAGAAAGGAUGCCUUACUAUACAUGAGAGAAUUCACACUGGAGAGAAACCUUUUGUAUGUAAUGAGUGUGAGAAAGGCUUUAGUAGGAGGUCUAGUCUCAUUACUCACCAGAAAAUUCAUACUAAAGAGAAACAGAAUUUGUUGAAAUAGAGAGAUUUCAAACAUGAACUACUCCUUCACUGUCAACAGAGAAUUCAUAUGAUUCUGGCAAGUCAGUAGGAGAAACAACUAUCUUUUCUAAAAUAAUUCAUUGUGGCUCUUUUUGGUUAACAUGCCACCUGUACUUCUCAACCUGGGCCUUUUUCUUCCCCUCCAAAUCCAAUCCAUGAAAAAACUGACAUUGUAUGUAUUGUUUCACACUGAGUCCACCAUACUUGUAAAGAAGAGGGGAUGGAGUACCAUGAUCUUCCCUCAGAAUUUGAUUUGGUUUUUAUAAGUUCUUUAGUCUGAUUUAUAAUGUAUUGAUGUAUUUCAAAAGUGUAAUUGAUGUAUGUAAUAUAUUGAGGUACUUAAUGUAUUGAUAUAUUUAAGGUAUUGAUGUACUUAAUAAAUGAUAUUCUAUUUAUCAUUUUUAAAAAAUUAUUUUAGUAUAUGGUUUUUGAGCAAUAAUUUAUCCUUUUGGUGCCUGCUUUAGUUGUAUGCCAGAAAUUUUGGAAUAUUGACUCACUUUUACCAUUGUCUUUGAAGCUGUUCCUGUUUCUACAAUCUGUCCCUUGACUGACAUAUUUAACAUUUCACUAUUUCAGUUACCAUUUAAAACUAACUUUUGCAGUGCUAUCUGAAUUGAUUAUUAUUUAAGUUAUAUUAUCAUCUGUAAAGGAAGACAUUAGCAUUUAUCAUAUAUAUAUUUAAUUCCCUUUUAAAAAAUAAACUC